CUGGUCACUACUCACGAGUAAGCAUUCAUAUCAAUGCACCUGUCUUUUUGUGUUCCCUAUCUCAAUCCUCAAUAACCCUCUUACCCCACUUCUUUUUCUCAGAACUUUCGCACACCCAUUUCACCAAAAGAGUACUUCACUUUGUUGCAAUCUCUCUUCAGUUCACACAAAAAGUUUCCAGCUUUUCUUUGCACACAAGGAUCUAGCUAGCUAGAUAGGCAUGGCAGACUGGGGGCCAGUGAUAAUAGCAGUGGUGUUGUUUGUGCUGUUGAGUCCAGGGCUUUUGUUUCAGAUUCCAGCAGGGGGCAAGGUGGUUGAGUUUGGGAACAUGCAGACAAGUGGUGCUGCUAUUCUGGUUCAUGCUAUCAUUUUCUUUGGCCUUAUCACUAUCUUUCUUAUUGCCAUUGGUGUUCACGUCUACACUGGCUAAUUAAGCUAAGCACUUUUUUUUUAUAUUUCAUGGAUUGUUUAUUUUGGAUCUGUUGAAGGGGUUGCAUAGAUUAAACAGUUUGAUGCUUCUUGCUUUGUAAUUUAUAUAUUUGAACUUGUUAUUGAUAGUGUUUACAAAA